CUGUUAAACCUUGAAGGAGAACGACCGUUACGUGUGGGGCGCUAGGACCCAGAACACAAGCAGGAAGAGGCUAAUGAUAGCAGUAUGCUAGUGUUGUCAGGAUUCAUGAGCUAGCUUUUUAAUUUCAAUCUUUUCGUUGAGACUUAGUCAUGUCUCAGGUGGAGAAGAAGGCAGGGCUGCUCAGGAGGACGUCAUCCUCGAAGAAACCCUUGAAAGAAAAGGUGGUGCUGAUGUAUGAUGAGAUUUUUGCAAAAGAAGACCCGGCUAAAAACAACCCUCGCUUUUGGGAUGAGCUGUUUCUGAUGAAGGUGAACCUCGAGUAUCUGGAGUCCAAGUUGGAGAGUGUAGAUGGGGAGGACGUUCAGCGGAUCCAGGACAACAUCAACUCUCUGUUCCACCACUGUGUUCAGGCUCUGGGAGAGGAACACCAGAUCAAAGUGGUCAAUGCCCUGCAGACGCUCUGUGCACUUUUCCGGGGGGUUCACCAGAAGAACAAGUCUGCGUCUGGCUUUGACAUCAUCAACAUGCUCAUGGGCUUUGACAAAGCUGAGCAAAGGAUGAAGGACUUGAUGGAGAGACUGGACAGCCUUCUUUGUGGAGGUGGCUCAGAGAGUCUGAAGAGUCUUUGUCUCAAACUGCUGCUGUGUCUGGUGACGGUGACCGACAACAUUAGUCAGAACACUAUACUAGAAUAUGUGAUGAUCAACAGCAUCUUUGAAGCCAUUCUACAGAUCCUGUCAGACGUGUCCAGCAGAGGGCAGCAUGGGUAUGAUGCUGUGGUGCUCCUGGCUCUGCUGGUCAACUACAGGAAAUAUGAGUCAGUGAAUCCGUACAUUGUGAAGCUCUCCAUUGUGGACGACGAGCCAACUCUCGAUGGAAUGGGGAUGGUCGUCCACCAAGCUCUGACAGAGUAUAACAGGCAGUAUAAAGACAAGGAGGAGGAGAACCAGGGAGGGUUCUUCUCCACCCUCACUAGCAUGGUGGGGAGCAUGUUCAUAGCCGACGCUGAUGAGAAACUCUCUGUACAGACCAAUGAGGCGAUUCUGCUGGCGCUCUAUGAGGCUGUGCACCUAAACCGCAACUUCAUCACUGUAUUAGCGCAGAGCCACCCUGAGAUGGACAUCCCCACCACGCCUACCACCCCUACUCCAACCACACCCACAACACCACUUGGCACAACGCCGCCCUCCUUAGACAUGAUGAACAAUCCAGAACUGCCUCUGGAUCCCAACCUGCAGACCAGCAACCUUCUCAUCACCUUCCUCAAGUAUGCCUCCAUUGUAAUGCAGGAUACUAAAGAUGAGCAUCGGCUCAACAGUGCCCGGCUGUGCCUCAUAAUCCUCACCUGCAUAGCCGAGGAUCAAUACGCUGACGCCUUUCUUCAUGAUGACAAUAUGAACUUCAGAGUCAAUCUCCACAGAAUGCCCAUGAGGCACAGAAAAAAAGCAGUGGACAAGAACAUCCCUUCACGUCCGCUGGUGUGUGCUGUUUUAGAUCUGAUGGUGGAGUUCAUAGUCACUCACAUGAUGAAGGAUUUCCCCAUGGAUUUAUACAUGCGCUGUGUGCAGAUCAUCCACAAACUCUUGUGCUACCAGAAGAAGUGCAGAAUCCGGUUACACUACACCUGGAGAGAGCUUUGGUCAGCUCUCAUCAACCUGCUGAAGUUCCUGCUGUCGAAUGAGACAACACUGCUGGCCAAGCACAACAUCUUUCACCUGGCUUUAAUGGUAGUGAACCUGUUCAACAUGUUUAUAACAUACGGGGACACGUUCCUGCCCACCUCCAACAGCUACGACGAGCUGUACUACGAGAUCGUACGAAUGCACCAGGUCUUUGACAACCUCUACUGCAUGGUUCUGAGAGUAUCGACCAACGCGGGCCAGUGGAAGGAGGCAGCCAGCAAAGUCACACAUGCCCUUGUCAAUGUUCGGGCCAUUGUCAACCAUUUUGAUCCCAAGAUUGAAUCGUACGCUGCUGUGAACCACAUCUCUCAGCUGUCUGAAGAACAGGUGUUGGAGGUGGUUCGGUCCAACUACGACACACUGACGCUUAAGCUGCAGGAUGGUUUGGACCAGUUUGAGAGAUACUCUGAGCAGCCCAAAGAGGCUGCUUUCUUCAAGGAGCUGGUGCGCUCCAUCAGUCAGAAUGUGAGGAAGAACGUCUCCCUGAACACACUGAGUCAGGACGUCCUGCUCAAAGAGUUUUCCACCAUCUCCUGAGACGCGAAACACACACACGCACACACACAUGCGCACACAUACUCGUCCACCCGCCUCCCCCUCCUCCUUUCAGAUGGACAUGCACCGUGCAUUUGUGCGCGUGUGAACACGAGCACAUUCUUUAACGCACACACACUACUCACACCAACAAGGACGGUCCUCGUCUUGUCCCCCUGUGAACUGAAUGUGGGGAACGGAGACGGACGCACUGAUGCGCCUCAAAGAAACACCUGUAAACAGUCCGGACUCGCUCCCUUUGUGGUGGUGGUGUUUGUCGAUGUGUGUGUGUGUUUGAAUUGAAGGACGUGCCCGUACCGCGCUGGUUCCCGUUGUGCAAUCUGCAGUAUUGACUGGACUGUUAGCCGACACGUUCACUUUUGGAUUGAAUGGAGUUCAAGUAUUUUUUAUUCCAGAUGUUCAUCCAACAUUUCAGCCACUGAUGUUUUAAGUAGCUUCUGCUCCCUUGAUUCAUGAUUCCUCUCCAGUAAUUAUUUCAGAAGACUUUGAGUGAAACAUUGUGUUCUUCUUAACAGCAUCUGCAAUGGUGACCUUUAGCCUUUUGGGAGUUUAAAUCCUCUUUUUGUUCUGAGCACUAACUCUUUCUUUUUGGCUGAAUGCGUGUCGUACGAAUGUUAACUUAAAUCUUCAAAACAUUUAAGUAUCAGUUACAUGGUUGUAGAACAUUAUGAGCUGUUAGAUUGUGAUAGAAACCUUCUGGUAGUCUGAAAACGUUUUGCCUUUGAACACAGCCAGGACAAACAUCCACUACUGCACGGCCCACAUGUCUCUGUGUUCUCAGUCUAGCACAUUCUCAUAUAGCUCAUUCAGAACAAUUCUGAUUAUUAUUUCUUGAGUUGAACCAGAUCUUAAUUAUGCAAUUUCUUGUGAAGGGUCUUAUUUCUGUCAUCUCUAACUCCUGUAGGUAUAUUUAUGUUUAUUUUUUAAAUAAAGGUUGGUUUCCUAUUACUCAA